AUGAGUUCUUCAAAAGGUAAGGCAUUAAAACCAGGUGGAGCUUCUAAAGGUUCGCACCUCGCAAAAUCACCCGCUUCAAAUGACGUAACCAAGAAAACCGUAAAACUCCCUAACGCAGCAGCGUCAGAUACUGGUGCACAGAGGAAAGGCUCCGCAACAAACGCUAGAAAAACCAGUCUUGGAGUAGAUGCUGCGGCAGCAACAAGGCGAAAAAGUACAAUUUCAUCGGACACACAACCUAGUAAAGCUGGAAAAACUGACAGUAAAGCGACAAAGGCAGCCACCAGAAAGACUUCUUCAAAAAACACAUCUCCUGCAAAAAGUGGAGAAACUAAAGGAGCACAACCACAGUCCCUCAAACCCGUCGACAGCAAAACGAUAUCUCGUCGCCCGAGCAAGGACUCGGCCUCUCGCUUAUCCGAAAAUAAACCUGCUUUGCGACGUAUGAGUCGUGACACUACUUCUAGUUUAACAACAAGCAGAAGAAAUAGUUUGAUAAGUACUACUUCUUCAUCAAGGCAUGGAAGUAUUGUUGGUAGCCGUUCGUCCUCUCGUCGUAGUUCUUUAGCGCUUGACAACGACGCAUCUGCCAGUCGAAAGACUCCACCGCAUUCUACAGGUAGAUCCCUCAGCAGAGCGGCCUCUGAUGUUGAGAUAAAAACCAAGACGUUAUCGCCAGAUGAUGAAUCCAAUGAGAAACACGCAGAACAUGAAUCUGAAACAACUAAUGAGACCGCGCCUACACUAACAGAGAAUGCGGAUAACAAGGCGGAGAGAAAAGAGCCAGAAAUGAGCAAUUCAGGAAAACUGAAGAAAGAAACAGUACCUGACAAAAAGACCGAUAUUGCAACAAUGGCUAUUAGAGAAAAUGCAGACGUUUUGGGCUCGAAAGAGUGCUUGAAUAGUAAAUCUGAAGAUGAAAUCAUACACGAGGUGUCUGACCAGGGCGAAAAUUUAGCUUGUAAUAUGAACAUAACUGAUGAGGAUAUGAAUCGAGAAAAAGCAAAUGAAGAAGAUACUUCCAAUGAAACAUCUGCCAAAUAUGUGUCAGGGAAAGCGAUAAAGGAAGAGAAUGUCGUUGAAGAAGAAAAUAGAGAUUCGUUACAGGUUGGCGGUAAACUACAAACAAAGGUCAACAAGAACGAUGUAUCAUCAAUGAAUAUGACUGAGAAUGAGCACAGCAUCAACGAGUCCGACGAGUCAAAUCAAAAUUGUAAGGAAAAAACAUUAGUUAGUGGAAACGCUGCUGGAGUUGACAACAAACCACACCAAAAUAUAUCGCAGCCAGAAACAUGCUGCUCUGAAGGCAGCUCUUAUCACGAUGGAGCACUUGAAAAGACAACAGAAUCAUCAGAUGCCAUAACAAAAAACAUUUUAUCUUCUGAAACAGAAACUAAAACCUUAUAUUUAGAGCAAGAGGAACAAAAAGAAAAUACUGAAAGCCAAAAAUCUUGGACAUCGGGUGGAGACGGGACUUUCUCAGCAUCUUGGAAUAACCAAAAUAACCCAACGUCAAGGGAUGAUAAUGAUGUUGGUCACAACUCAACAGUUAAAAAUGAUACGAGUUCUGCCACGAAAAAAGGUAUUAAUGACGCAAACUUGGAGAGGACAGGAAAACAGGAAAAUGCAAAUAAAAAUGGCAAUGAUAUGUUUAAAUCGAAAAGUUCCAAAAGGGGUAGCAAAGACAACGUGCAAAAUAAAGAUCUUAAGAACGAUGACGGCGAAAAUCCACAAAUUGCCAGACUUGACUUAGGUGAAGAAAAUACAGACCUAACGAUCACUUGUGAGAAGAGAUCAGGUUCUUUGACGACGCCUGAUUUAAAAGAUGAUGACAAUCCAAACAUCAAGGAAACAUCAAGUUCACAGCGCCCUUUGUCACCCGUCAGUUUGGACAACAAUGGUGAGGCAGAGGGUUUCCAGGAAAAGGUAUCAAAAUCCAAAAAGAUGAAAAGCGAAAUAAAAAUCAAACAUGAACCAAAGAGCAAUGAAAAAAUAAAGGUGACUGACAAAUCGUCUAAACCCAACCCUGACACGAAAAAGGUAUCUUCGCAGGGCAACAGAGAGACAAAAGUAAGAAAAAAUUCUAUCGAUCCCAAUUCAAAGCAGGGGGCAGCAAAUCCUCGGCAACGAAGAGCAAGCAUUGAUACACGCCCAGGGAAGAAGCAAGGCACGGGGACAGGCAGUUCUGUAAAGAAUCGGUUAAGCAAAGGGAGCCUGGAGAAUCUAAGUGAAAUCUCUAAAUCUGAAGCUAGUUUAUCGAAAUCAGUAGAGAUCCUUUCAAGUGACGAUGUGUUGAAGGAGGAAACAUCGCCAAAACUUGACGACCCCACUCUACACAUCCAAGGAACCCAAACCCUGCUUACUCCCGACAGCAAACAAAAUGCCAAUACAGUUCCCACGAAUUCAUCAUGCACUGCUAAAUUAGGAAUACCCGAGGGAUGGGGUCACAUGUUGCAGAAAAAGAUAACCCCAAUUACUGGAGAAUGA